ACAGUUCCAUUAUUGUUUUAAGGUGCUAUCACAGAAUAAAACAAUCGCGAAUUCGAAUUCGAAUCCAUAAUACCUAUUAUCACAGAAUUGAGAUCAAUCCUGUUGAUUAACAGAAUCGUCAAAAUCUGAACUAAGAAGCUGAAGUGUAGUGUUUACAGUUUACUGUUUACUGUGUGUACUAGUGAGUAGUGUCUGGCCUACUGACGUUCUGACUGUUCUAAGUCUUAGCAAGUUUUUGACGUUUGCCGACGAAAGCAUUUUUUGAUCGGCAAAUCAAAACACUACACUGUACACACGACACUCCGUUAUUUUGAUAAAAAAGAUGAAAUAGAAAUUUAAAAAAAAAUUGACGUCAAUUGCCUUUACAUUUUUUACUAAAACGCCGAUCAUUGAGUGCCGUGUUCAAUUGUUAUUCAAAAUCGACGCUGCAACUUUUGUCUGUCUACGUAUUCUUAACUUGGAAAAAUAGAACACAAUUGUAGUGCCAAAUAUGGCUGUUUCCACGGGCAUGUCGUUCCUUAUAUCAACACUUUUAGCAUUGUCACUAUUCUCGGUCAUGCAGCUCAACAGCAAAUGGUUGACGUCUAGCUCAGUGUUGGUCAUUAGUACCGGUUUUCUUGGCUCAGUGUUGUUUACACUGUCCUUGACUGCUGUAAGUAAUCUAAUGACGUUACUUUUGGGAGAAGGAUAUCAAGCUAGUUUAUUCCCUGAAAUUAUAUUGUCAUUAAUGUUCACUUUUUUCACAUGUGUCUCUAUCCACAGAGUAUGCGCUACAACUGGUCUGCUGUUUUCUUUAUUUGCUCUUUACAAUAUUUAUAAUGUUUCUCAAAAGACAUAUAAUUCCAGUUCAUUGCUCAAACAGCCUAUUGUUCAGAACAAAAAGAAGAAACACUAAAUGCCAAAAUACAAAUUGGUUUAUACCAUCUUCAAUGUUCAUAAUCUACUGAAUAUAUGAUUUUUAUGUUUAUUAUUUAUUUUUCAUUGUCAUUCCCCAAGUAAAAAUUUAAUAUCAACUAUUGUAUAGAAAGUAAGUUUCAAUUAUUUUUAACCCAAUUUUUUAUUUGGCAAUGUUUAAAAUUGUAAUAUUUUAUAUUUAUUUAUUUAUUUAUUAUAACAUUAUAUAAUCAUUGAUUUAUUGGAA